AUGAAUAUCAUCGAGUGGGCAUUUGGAAAGCGUAUGACCCCGGCAGAGCGCCUGCGUAAACAUCAAAGAGCACUUGAGAAGACACAACGGGAGCUGGAUCGUGAACGGACGAAGCUUGAGAACCAAGAGAAGAAGUUGGUGUCAGAGAUCAAGAAGAAUGCGAAGAACGGGCAGAUGGGUGCUGUGAAGGUACAGGCCAAAGAUCUGGUGCGGACGAGGAGAUAUAUUCAGAAGUUCUACCAAAUGCGCACGCAGCUGCAAGCAAUCUCGCUACGGAUACAGACGGUACGGAGUAACGAGCAAAUGAUGCAAAGUAUGAAGGGCGCAACACAGCUGCUGGGAAGCAUGAAUCGAYAAAUGAAUCUCCCAGCAUUGCAACGUAUAGCGAUGGAGUUUGAGAAGGAGAACGAUAUCAUGGAUCAGCGACAGGAGAUGAUGGACGAUGCCAUCGACGAUGUAACUGGACUCGAAGACGAAGAGGAGAGCGAGGAGGUGGUCACUCAGGUCCUAGAUGAGAUAGGCAUCGACCUUGGUCAAUMGCUUGGAGAGACCCCACAAGGUCUCCAAAAGAAUGCGGUCGCGGAGGGCAAGGUCGCCCAGGCUAUUGGGGGCGAUCCAGGCGACGAUGACCUGCAGGCACGGCUGGACAGCUUACGAAGAUGA